AACUGAUCGGAUGCACUGAUGACCUGAUCAGACUCAUUGACAACCAGAUCGGAUGCACUGACGACCUGAUCGGAUGCAUUGAUGAACUGAUCGGAUGCAUUGAUGACCUGAUCGGAUGCACUGAUGACCUGAUCAGACUCAUUGACGACCUGAUCGGAUGCAUUGAUGAACUGAUCGGAUGCAUUGAUGACCUGAUCGGAUGCAUUGACGACCUGAUCGGAUGCAUUGACGACCUGAUCGGAUGCGCUGACGACCUGAUCGGAUGCAUUGAUGACCUGAUGCCUCCUCUCUCAUGGCAGCUCUGCUAGGUCUGCAGAGUCCUAACUGCACAAACCACCAGACGUCUGGAACAAACCACAGCACAGUGGAGAUGUUUGCACAUCUGACGCACAAAAAGCAAACCGCUCAGACGAGCUGUGAGUUCCUCGUCCACAGUGAUGUGACACACUGAUAAAAUCAAACCAUCACUCAUACCAGGUUUAAUGGGACCUGAUGAAGGUUUAGUGGGUGUACUCUGUCUGAAGAGUGUUUAUGACAGAAAGUGUGGUUCACUUUAAAAUGUCCUGUUUCCAUGACGCCUGAUGGAAUAUCUCACCCUGACAUUCUCUCUCUUGACUCUUCCCUCGUUUAUAUUUUGUUUAGUCUCUACAAGAUUGUUUCUGCAUGAAAAGCAGCAGGUGGAGCUGAGACAUCAUAAACUUCCUGUAUGAACUGAUUGCAGAAGGAGAUCUGGAACAGAUUCGGUUUGUAAUAUUAGAACAUCAGGACGAUGUCUCCCAGCUAAAAACAAAAGAAGAUCUGAUGUCCAAAAUUCAACAUUAAUUGAAUUUCUGAAUUCUUUGAGAAAUUCGUGGAUGCAGAUCAGGAUCAACUCCAAACUAAAACCAGUUCUAAGUCCGAGCAAACAUGCGAUUGUUCAGCGGGUCUGACUUCACGAGUCCAAACCUGGACGUUUUCAAGGACGAUUUAUUCAAUUCGUCAUUCGUUUGAUCUGAGGGGCUUUAGGACCCUGUGGAAGAAGUCUCUGCUGACACACACCUCCUCUGUAUUCAGCGCACAUGCCUCCUCUCUCCUCCUCCUCCUCUCCACCUCCUCUCUGCAGGAGAAUCAUUCUCGGAGCAGACGGACACCUGCCUGCCCGCCUGCCUCUCUCCUCUUACGGCUGUUUUGGAAAUCCGGAGCUUCGCAUCGGGACCCCGCCGCUUCUCAGCCCGCUCAGAGCGCACCCAGAGCGGCUGCGGGACAGCCGCGGGGGUCGCUGUCACGCCUGGAUGCGCAGAUGGGUGGAUGAACGGCUCUCGUGUCUCACCUUGGGAGCUCAAAGAGUCACAAAUACACCAAAAACGUCAGGAACACCUCCAACACCACAGCCAAGGAAGCACCAGCAGGAAACACCACAAUAUCUGACGACUGUAUGGAGGGAGGGCCGAGGCACGAAAUCCUUUAUUAGAGCUCUAAUAUACCAGGUGCUUCAGGUGUUUAAGGUUUCACACACGCUGCUGACGUCACAUAUUCCAAACAGACCAUCAUCAGGUCCAAAUAUGAAGCCGCAAACACAGCAGUGCAGACAUGUCCCCGUAUGUCAGACUGUCCUCCUGCUGAUGGUUUCCUGCCAAAACAUAAAAGGACCUCAGGUGUUUAUCGAGGCAUCUCAUGGGAUGCAGGAUGCAGCUCAGCAGCAAAGUUCAGUCCACAAUGCCUGACCCUUGACCUCUGACCUCUCUGAGAGACCCCUCGAGGAGGAAACGAGUUCUGAGGAGAGAUGGAAGGUGGAGGAGACGAGGAGAGCCGAGGAGAAGAGACUGAAACCUCCUCCGGGCUUGGGAGAGUCUCACAGAGAGGAGGAGGAGAAUCCUGCAGACAAAAUGGCCUGAUCAACACGCACAGGCUGGGGGCGGAGCCCCAGGAGGCGCUGCUGUCAGUGUACUCUGCUCCUCAGUAUCAGGGUCACGUGGUGAUGAGCACCUCCACUCAGCAGGAGCACAGCAGGGGUCCUCCCCAGCUUCUGAACCCCAGCACUCUCCUACCCCACCACGGGGUGCCAGACCCUGGCCUCAGGCCGGCCCCCGGCCUCUUCCUGUGCCCAGAGAGUGUCCUGCGGGCCUGGGGGGAGGCCGGGGGAGGCGACUGCUGUGAGACCACCUUCAUCGAGGGACUUGGACCAGAAGCCUCCUCUUCUUCUGCCGCCCCCACCUCCACAAAGGAGGUGCUGCUGUUCACUGAUGGGAAGUAUCUGGAGUUUUCUGGCGAGGAGGCAAAGAUUCACAGGCUGUCCUAUGACAUCGACGACGAUGAAGACUUCCAGGAGCUCGAGAGCGAUUACUCCAGCGAAUCAGAGAGCGAGGACGCCUUCCUGCUGAUGCCUCCCAGAGAUCACCUGGGCCUCAGCGUCUUCUCCAUGCUCUGCUGCUUCUGGCCGCUCGGCAUCGCCGCCUUCUACCUGUCGCACGAGACCAAUAAGGCGGUGUCCAAAGGAGACUUUCACCUGGCCAGCUCCAGCUCCAGGCGGGCUCUCUUCCUCGCCGUCCUGUCAAUCACCAUCGGGACAGGUAUCUAUGUGGGCGUGGCCGUGGCGCUCAUCGCCUACCUCUCCAAGAACCACCACUGGUAGCCUAAGAUCACGGAGCGAACCCUCACCUUCCCCUGGAGUUCAGCUCCCCAGUGAUUGUUUCCAGCAUUUUGGCUGUCAUCUCAAACUGGAGGAGAACUUCCUGUGAGCGCACGAUGGCGUUGGACAGGCCGCUGUGCUGUUCUGAAGAGCCAAUCGGAUCCAAGGAGAGGAGAUGUGUGAGAAACAAAGAAGAACCAGCAUCAUUUUUUAAAGCUUCUGCUGGCGUUACAGUUUGUUUAAAAGAACAUUUUUGGUGUGAUUACUUUAACUCUCAUUUCCAUCAUCCAAACUGCACUGAAUCAUCACUUUAACUGUAUCUGCAUGAAAAGUUCUUUAUUAUUGUUGGAGGAAGUGAAUCAAAAAGCUUGACUAAACCCUGAAGAUGAUGUUAAUGUUCAGGGUGUAACAGUUUCUCUCAUAGGAAGUUUUUAAUGUCCACAUCAGACGUUCAGCCGGAAUAAAAGGAGGAGGAGUUUAAAGGAAUACCAUCAGCAGCACUAAUAACCAUUUGUGUUAAAUAUUAAUUUAUAUCCUGCACUGUGGCACAGCGAGAGGAAACUUUUUGGGGAUUUUAUUCUUCUUUUGUAAAUUUACUCUCUUCACACUUAAACAAAGACAUAAAAGGCUAAAUGGGACCAAACUGUAACAGUGAUGAUUAACACAAGGUGAGUGUGAAGGGGGAGAUUACCACACACCUGUCCUCAGGUGAAUGUGUGAAAGUGGAUUGGCUGCUUCCUGUUUGCAUAUCAGGACAGUCACAAAGACUUUUUAUUUAUUUAUUUAUUUAUAUUUUUGGACAAACUCUGGACUUUUUCAUGUGAUAAAAGAGAAACUGCUGAACUCUUGUUUUUUCUCCCCGUGUGGAUUUUCUGUCAGCUGAUCCGAUGACAUUGACCUCAUCAUUGGUCCUUUUGGCUUUAAACCAACACAGAAACACCCACAACCCACCAGCUUGUACGCCGGUGUCCGAGGGUAGACUCACAUCUUUCACCUGUCACGGUCUCUGCAGGUUUAGCAUCUGGAGGUCAGGCUGGGACUUCAUUUAACAUCUGUGUACAGUUUGGUCAUGAAAUAUGGACAUACAUUCAUUUAUUAUUCUUUCUUAUUGUCUUUUUUUUUAUGCACACUGAUGUUUUCUCUUUAAAAAAGUCUACAGACUUCUGGUCCAGAAUCAGGACAUCUCAGUGAAAACUGAAUAUUCAGCAGAAAACCUUCAAAGACGUUGGAAGUGUUGUAAAGGUGGCUCUAAUGCAAGACCCUGUUUGGUGGAUGUGUAAGACAGGUACUCGGGUCCUCGUCAUGUCGUAGUCAUGUGUAGACAUUCAGAAAAUUUUAUGUAAGACUAUUGGUGCAGGAACGUUGUUGGAGUUUUUUUCCGGGAUGUUUCUGAUGUUUAAGUCCAAAUAAGUUUGUCUGGAUGUCCAACUACAGAUUUUUGUCUAGAACUUUUAUUUUUUUGUUCGUCCAGAGAUCUAAUUUUGAUUUUUGGGCUGGCCCCUCUUCUACACCCUUGGUACUGCAGGUCCAGUUUGUUGGUGGACUUUAAACGAAAAACAGAAAUCCUUUGAGUGAUAUGGGAAUAUAUAUGAAGAUUUGGAUUUCAUCUAUUUUAGAAAUCUGCAGUCUUUAGAUGUCCACACAGUUUUAAACUUGUUUUAGAUGUCCACUGAUGUGUAAACGUACUGUGGAAUCUACAUCUGGGUCAAACUUAAUUCAGAGGUUUAAAAACAUCCACUCAAGUUUCAAUAUGAGGGCAUCAAUCCAGGAUUGUUGUUGCAAGUCUUUAAGUCUCAGUCUCCGUAGUGCAGACCCCCUUUAUCUUUUGGUAAACAAAACCUCGGGUCUAUCUCUUUGGUCCUGAUAUUUGUUGGACACGAUGUCCGUUCAUAAUCUUUGCUGAAGGCCUUCAGAAAUCCAAGAGUCUCAAAACUGAUGUUGAAUCUCCACCAACAUCUGAAACCAGUUUGGUGUUUGCAUGUCUGCACACUCCUUUUUAGGAAGUCCACCCAAGUCCUAUACUGAAGGCUGUACAUUUCCAAAACAAACUGAGUGUUCAUGGUGAUCCUUCAUAGAGAAAAUGUUAAACAUACAUAUCAGCUAUACAGGCUUUGUGAAGGUCCAGGGUCAUUGACUCAAGUCCAUCCAGCACUUGUGUUGGAAGUCUUUAAAUGUGAAACCGACUGUGUGAGUCAUUAUUUCUACAUUUCUACAAACCUUCACAGCUGCAAUGAAACCAGACAAAAGAACACAUACACGUUCCUGAAACUCUGAUAACAAUCACUGCUGUCAGACCCUGAACAAUUAUCUGUUUAAUGACUCCGCCCACCUAGGAGGACCAUCUACCACACCUGAUUCACUGCUAAGCUAACCUUCAAGCUAAUCGGGCUCCCUCUGACUUCAGACCAUCGGAUAGAGUCUGCAAACACUGAGUGGAUAAUAAAGCCCGUUUUUAAUGAUAGUGAAGUCAGACUGAAACAGUCGGCUGUUAUGGAUUUCUAAAAUUCACAAGAUUAGUCCCGUGCAUUUCUUUACUGAAAUCAAGCAGAAUGACCCUUUAAUUAGAGGUUCACGGCGUCUUCAGGUUUAAGCUGCAGGUGUGGCUCUGAAGGUGUUCAUAUGGGUGCUUUUGUUUGCCGUGCAGGAGUACAGUGACGGGUGUUUAAACCCCUGAUAACAGCAGCCACUGGGUAACGUAAUGAGGUGUUGAUUGCAGAACCGUUCCUGAUUCUUAAAAAGCUGCGGUGCGCUUUAUCAGCCUGGACUGGAAACAGGAAACGGUUCAUCCUCGGCAGCUUCAAAGUCUGGGCUAAAGGGCUGCAAACAUCAUCACACAUGCUGUCCGCACACGCUCACUGAAGGUGUUUGACUUUAACUGAGAUUAGCAUCUGCUGAAUGUUUCAGAUUGAACUCAUGGAGCGUCCUCUUAAUAAAAGUCAGAAUUAAAGGAGCUUUCUGUCAAACCUCCCUGUUCCCUGUCUGUCAGUUGUUUGACUCUUAGCCUAACAUGCUAAGCUACAUGAGCUUAUAACUUCCUGCCCAGCUCCAAAUCAAACAGAGCUGCUCUGGUUGGCUGUUUUUUAAAGACUUCCUGGACUUUAAGUGCUCGCUAAUAAAAAUGUAAAUGUUUGUGUCUGAGAUACUUUCAUUAAGUUGUUUGAGAACCUGCAGACAGUUCAGCCUCACACACUUUUCCACCUAAAAUGGUGUUCCUGCUGAAAUCUUUCCAACCACAACAAUUCUCUCAGGAACAAUUCCGGAGACAAAAACACACAGGAGACCGGAUUAAAUGGUAAAUUCACACAAGCACUUUUCUGUACUUCAG